UAAAACCAAAACCCGAGGCCCUUCUUAGCGUCUUCCAAUGCGCAAACGCUUGCUCUGCUCCAUCUACUCAUUUCACUCCACUGUCCUUCCCGCCUUCCUCCUCGUUCCUUCGUCUCUCUAUCCUCUUUCCGAGGUCAAGCUAGCACGGAUUCCAUCGGAGACACAAGAGGAAGACGGAGUCUCCCUGAAAUAUUCCAGCUUGGGGUCUCCGCUGUCGCUAUUUCCGUCAUCGCCGGUGGUGCCUGGCGAAAGCACGGGAAUAGGCAUGGAAUCCUAUAGAUCGGAGCCUUGGACCUUCAACAAGAUCCUCCAUCUCCGCGGCCCUUCUGCAAGUUCUGCUGGUUGUGCUUACUCUACUCUUGAUGAGGAUGCUGAUUCCAUCCACAAGAUUAAGCUGUAUCAGAACUUCAGGGGCAAGUCCAUCCUCGCACUAGAUAAUGGUUUCUGCAAAUACAAACAUGAGAAGCAGCAAGAAAGUCUCUUUUUGAAAGAGAAAGAUGCCAUGGAAUCCCUCCUAGCAAACCUUUUCGCGAGCAUUUCUGCGGUUAAAGCUUUCUAUGCGCAGCUCCAAUUAGCACAGUCUCCAUAUAAUCCUGACAUGAUACAGUCUUCUGAUUUAGCAAUUGUUGCUGAAUUCAAACGAGUCUCAGAGCUCAAGCAGACUUACUACAAUAACCACUUGGUCAUCCCGCAUCUUGCUUGUGACCCUAACAGAGUCGUCGCUGCUCAAAUCAAAGAGAAGCACAAUCUAAUCAAGACCUAUCGGAUCACAAUAGACAAGUUGAAGGCUGACCUCAAGCUCAAGGAUUCUGAGAGGUUCUCACUGCAGGCUGAGCUCCUUGAGGUAGAGAAAAAGAAUCGAGCUUUGGACUUGAAGCUCCAUCCCGGUCGCUCAAUUUCAGCCUUGGUUGAUCUGCAUCCCUCCGGCUUAAACCCCACCCAUUUCCUUGCCAUUCUUCGGUGCACCUAUAAAUCUAUUAGAACUUUUGUAAAAUUGAUGGAGAAUGAAAUGGAGUCAGUUGGUUGGGAUCUUAAUGCUGCUGCCACCACAAUCCAACCUGAUGUGUUUCGGUGGAAGAAGCCUGAUCAUAGGAUAUUUGCGUAUGAGUCGUAUGUGGGUAGUAAGAUGUUCUCCAACUUCCACCUCAAAAAUUUCAAUCUUGUUGCCUUGGAAGACAGGCUACAAUGGAGUUCACAGGAGUUCUUCCAAGAAUUCAGCCAGCUGAGGUAUGUUGAACAAAUCAAGAAGCUCAGUCAACACUCAGCAAUCGCAAGCUUCUUUAGGUCGAAGUAUCUGGAACUUGUGCAUCCAAAGAUGGAAGAAUCGUUCUUUGGCAAUCUUGAUCACAGGAGGGCCAUGCUAAGCUCCGGCCGGGGCUUCCCAAACUCAGCAUUCUUCUCACAUUUUGUCAAGAUGGCUAGGCGAGUGUGGCUCCUCCACUCCUUGUUCUUCUCGUUCGAGCAAGAGUCCGACCGGCACAUCUUCCAAGUUCAGCGAGGCAACCGAUUCUCCGAGGUGUACAUGGAGAGCGUAGUGGACAACAAUGACGGCCAUCGACCCACCUCGGUCGGGUUCACAGUAGUUCCUGGGUUCAAGGUGUGCUCGAUGCUGAUUCAAUGCAAGGUCUUCCUCUCCCCUGCGGAUCCAUGCUCAUAAUAAUGCAUGUAAAAAUAUAGUAGCAAGUGUUAGUUGCGCUGAAUUAUGUUAUGACACAUUGUUAGUUAUGGAUUAUGAUAUUUGCACGGAGGAUCUCUAAUUAGUUAAAUAUGGAGGGUCUAUAAAAGGUUUUACA